AGUCUGACUGACUAAUAGUAAUUGCAGAAUGUAGUUACUAAUUCAAUCCCUAUCGAAAGUUUCAUUUUAACCUUUGGAAAUCUACUCUUCACCCACCAGAAAUAAUUUUUGCUUCAUUUGUGAAGUAAAGUGGGUUGGAGGGAGGGCACCCUUGCAACCAACGAUCACCCAAUAUGUUAGUAGUAUAACUAUUUAUUGAACUCACACUGCAGUUCUUGAAUCUUCAUUCAUCAUCAUCAUAGUUAGUUACUACUCCGGAAAUGAUCCCAUUGGCAUUAAGCAGCUGAGGAUCUGUCGACGGUGGCCAUUGACAUCAGGGCAUUGGGUGAAUUGAAGGUUUGGGAGUGAUCCAUCAUGUUUAAGCAAUCGGUAAGGAAUCAGAGAAGCCAGGGGAUGAAAGUGAAGCAUGUGGUGCAGAUAAGUCUGCUGCUUGGAGUUUGCUUCUGGUUGCUUUACCAGGUGCAGCAAGCCCACGGCGACAAGGUUCGUGAUGUUGCUAACAAGAUCAAGCGAUUAGGGCGAAGGGAUAUCCCGCCCGGGACAGAGGAAGUCAAAGCCAAGAAGGCGACCAAGGAUUCAGUGGAGGAAAGGGGUCGUUUUGAUGGUGGAAACAGGCCGGAGAAGGAGCAGGAGCAGGAUAAGACUGGGGAAGACAGGGCUGCAACUGAAGCAUUGAAUGAAGAGAAUCAAGAGAGGGAGAGUAGCAGAGGGCGCAAAGAUGGCAGAGGCGAGGUGACUGAUAAGGAUGAAGAUGAAAUGAGCAAACAUAUAGAUGAAAGCAAACCUGAAGCUUCAUCAGUUGAGAGUGGAAAAGGGAGAAUUGAAGAGAUGGGAGAGAUUGAGAACAAGGAAGGAAGUGCAGAGGAGGACAGCAAAGAGAACAAAAACGAAGAAAACAAUGUCGAGAAUGUGAGCAAGGAAAAUGAGAGUGAAGAAAACAGAACAGAGGAGGCAGAAAAUAAAGACAACAAAAGUGAUGAACCAGCACAGGAGGACGGGAGCAAUGAGAACAAAAAUGAGGAAGAAAAAAAAGCAGUCGAAACUGACGCUCCAGGGAAGAAACCAACAGAAGCUAUAGAAAAUAGUCACUGGGAUGAAAGCAGCUUGGAGGAGGCGGAAGGCAGCAAAGGGAGGCCGCAGACAAACAAGGAGCAGAAGCAGAAUGAUGGCCUUGUUGAAGAAUCGGAUUCAUUGAAGGUUGACAAUCAAGGCCAAAAGGAUGAAGUCGAAGGCAGGAAGGAAGAGAAUGGGAUGCAAGAAAGUAUCUCCAGUAACACAAUUCGGAGUCCUGAAAUGGUGGAAGAAACAGAGAAAGUCAGACUGGCUAAUGCCAAUCAGGAAGAGAAGCCAAGUAGCCAAAAACAGAAUAAGUCCGAGAAUAAUACUAACUCAUUAAAGGUAGGUGAUGAUCAUGUAGCUUCCGGUCACAGUCUAGAUUCUUUGUCAGGAAAAACUGGUGCUCACAAACACCACCACCACCACCACCACCGCCGCCAUAAAGUAAAUGAUACUGUAAAUGAUACGACUCAAAGCCAAAACAACACAGAAAUCGUCCUGAAGGACCCUGCAGGAGACAACAACAUUGGUAACAAGUUGCAUUUAAAUAUAACAGGAAAUAUUGAUACAGAAAACAGGAUUCCUAAUGGCUCACACAUCAUACAAUCUGGUGCAGUCAAGCAAAAUGCUGAAGUUAAGGAACCCCAAGGCAUGUAUAACAAUUCCGAAAAUUUAACAAGCAACUCAGCUGAGCAACAGAAAGCUCCAGAUAAGAACAAUGAUUCUUUUGCUUCUGCCCUAACUAAUCAGGUUAAUUCAUCCACUCCAAUUCACCCAAAAGAGAAAGAAGGCACCCAAGAAGCAGUCAAUGAAACCACCGACCAGGGCACGACUGUGGAGUGACAUCCACAAUAAUUUUAUGUAUGCCUCUAUUCGCAUGUAAAAGAAAGCAAUAAUACCAUGGCAAUGUAGCCAUGGAACCUCAUUAGGCAACUUACUGUAAUUAGAUGAUAGUGUAAUAUGAUACUCCACUGUAACAAGUGAUUUUCUAUUUCAUUUCC